GCUGUCUCUGCGCUUGGAGAGAUGAACCCAAGACUCCCCUACGUUCUCCUGGUUGGGGCUGCAGUGAUUAUUUUCAUUCUCUCCUGCAUGUUGCUGAGCAGGGGGAAACGAUCCGCAAGCUGUGAAUCCCACCCCCGCAACGUGGAGAAGACUGGGUCCAGGAGCCAGAGCCUGGUUUUUGCCGAUCUGACCCCAGAAGAAAUGGUCCAAGUGGUGCGGUACCUGCAGGAAAACCUCGGGGUGCCGCUGGUUGAUGCCUCGCGUGCUUUUCCCUCCGACAACUGCAUCUUCUCAGUGGACGUGCAGGUCCCCGCCAAGGCGGAGGUGCUGCAGUUCCUGGGUGGCGGGGGGGCUCGCCCUGCGCGGGAGGCGCUGGCUGUCCUGUACUUUGGCAACCAGCCGGACCCCAACAUCACGGAGUACGUGGUGGGGCCGCUGCCAACACCGGCGUACCACCGGGACGUCACUGUACAGAAGUAUGGGGGGAAGGUGCCAUACCACCGCAGGCUGAUGCUGGGCAGUGAGUACGAGCAGGUGGGAAUGUUUGUAAAGACAGUGGCGUUUGCUGGAGCCUCAACCUUCCUGAAGGAAGUAUUUGAGUAUGAUGGCACCAAUGUGGUGUUUCAAACCGCAGCCCCACACGGGUUCCAGUCUGGAGACCGUAGGUCAUGGUGCAUUGUGUUUCAGAAUGUGAGCGGGUUCUUCCUGCACCCUGUGGGGCUGGAGGUGCUGGUGGACCACAGCAGCCUGGACAUCUCCCAGUGGGUGGUGAGCAGAGUCUUCUACAACGGGCAGUACUACAGGGACAUGGUGCAGCUGGAGAGCGCCUACGUGCAGGGUCGCAUCAGUGUGGAGAAGGUGAAGAAAGCCCCACGGGACGGGGACUUCUCAUCCAUGAAGCCGCGAGCCCCUCCUGCCGCGAUGUUCCCUUUGCAGUAUGAGCCCCAGGGUCCCCGCUACAGCGUCAGGAACAACCAUGUUGUCUUCCAGGCCUGGAGCUUUGCCUUUGGGAUGAGUGUGAACACGGGCAUGCGCCUGUUUGACGUCAGAUAUCAGGGGGAGAGGGUUGUCUAUGAGAUCAGCGUUCAAGAGGCCUUGUCAGUGUAUGGCUCCAACUGUCCUGGAGGGAUGUCAACAAGGUACAUGGAUGGGAGUUUUGGCAUUGGGCGCUUCACCUCUCCUUUAGUGCGUGGUGUUGACUGCCCCUAUUCAGCAACUUACAUGGAUGUGUACUACCUUGCUCAGUCGCAGGUCUCCAGAACUACUAAAAACGCCCUCUGCGUUUUUGAGCAUAACCUGGGCUCCCCUCUGAGGCGCCACUACUCCAACUUGCAGUCCUUCUACUAUGGGGGACUAGUCAACUCUGCUCUGAUUGUUCGAUCCAUUGCAACUCUGGGCAACUACGACUAUGUGUGGGACUUCAUCUUCUACCAGAAUGGGGCCAUUGAAGCCAAAGUCCAGGCCACGGGGUACGUGAGCUCGUCCUUCCUCCACGGGGAUGGUCUGAGAUACGGCAAUAGGGUUUGGGAGCACACGCUGGGCACGAUACACACCCAUUCCAUCAACUAUAAAGUGGACUUGGAUGUGGGAGGGGUGAAAAACUCCCUGAUGGCCCAUGACAUGGCGUUUGAGAUGGCACGGGCUCCCUGGAGCCCAGAGCAGCAGAUAGAGCGGCCGCGGCUCACCAAGAAAGUCCUUGACACAGAGGACCAGGCUGCAUUCCGGCACCAGUCGAAGAUGCCCAGAUAUAUCUACUUUGCAGCCAACAGCAAAAACAAGUGGGGUCACCAGCGUGGUUACAGGAUCCAGAUCGUCAGUUUUGCGGGGGAACAUGUGCCUGAAGCCAGCUCCAUGGAGAGGGCCAUCAGCUGGGCAAGGUACAAGCUGGCUGUCACCAGGCGAAAGGAAGACGAACCCACCAGCACCAGUAUCUACAACCAGAAUGACCCGUGGAUGCCCACUGUCGCCUUUGCUGACUUCAUCAACAAUGAAACCAUCACCAAUGAGGACCUAGUUGCCUGGAUAACCACUGGUUUCCUUCACAUCCCACAUUCUGAGGAUAUUCCCAACACUGUGACAGUGGGAAACUCUAUUGGCUUUCUCCUGAGACCCUACAACUAUUACGACCAGGACCCUUCCAUAUACUCGCAUGAUGGCGUGUUUUUCACCGGUGAGCAGGACUUUACUGCCUGUGAAGUCAACUCUGUUGCAUGCCUGCCCAAAAAGGCCUCCUGUUUGCCAAACUUUCCCCCGUUCACCUAUGAUGGUUUCAAAAAUAUGAGCAGGCUUUAAUGUUGCAGGCUGGUGUUAGGAGAUGCAAAGGCGCUAGGUUGACUGUUCUGUCCCAUGUUUUCGUUUUUGUAGUGGAGUUGUCUCAAUUUCCAAUUGUACAAUAACUUGUUACCGUUGCUUUUAAAUAGUGCUCUUUAAAAGGCAUGCCUAACCUUCUUAGCAUGCUGCUAGAUGGGAAUGUGCAUUGCCCUCUCUAACUGUCGAAUUUUGAGUCUGUUGCAGGAGGAAAGUGGGGGAAAAAUGCUGUCCCUCUGCUGCAGCAGCAAAUGCUGUGUAGUGCCUAUCUCAGGUUUAAAACAAUGAAGUCUGAUUCCGGUCCCAUGUGAUGUCAAGUGUCUCGUUCUUACA